GAUAGCCACACCGCAGUGUCGUAAUCGCUCGCGUGGUCUCGCAACAAUCGCUAGUCGUAGGUCGCCCGCCACACCGCCGCCGCGCGCCUUCACGUAAACACGUUUCGCGCCAUUUCUUGACAGCUCGCUACGAUACGAUCCCGCUGUUUGUUCCCGCGAGUGAAAACAUUCCUGUUUACGCAGAAUUUAAAAUAAAUUUGAAGUUUUUUGUGACUAGAAUUUUUAUAGUGAUUUCGACAUGAACCACGGCGACCACGGAGACCACGGAGACCAUGGCGACCAUGGUGGCCACGGCAGCCAUGGCUGCGACCCUAAUCACCAUCAUCCGAUGGUUUUCCACGCAUGCGUGUGCCAAGAGAUCCUGUUCAACGGAUGGAUGACUACAAACGCGCUGGAGAUGUUUGGCUCGGCCGUGGCCAUCUUCCUCGCGGCCGUGCUGUACGAAGGGCUGAAGUACUACCGCGAGGCGCUGCACACGCGCGCCACCGCUGCCAGUGACUCCCGCGUCAACAUCACCAAGAGCGAGUGCGGGAACACAGGACCAUGCGCGGGAACUGCUGUUGUUAAAUACACAAUGCUAUCAUCAGGCCACAUCAUCCAAACGAUGCUACACGUCAUCCAGUCCACGGCUUCGUACCUCCUCAUGUUGGUGUUCAUGACGUAUAACGUGUGGGUCUGCUUACCCCUCAUUCUCGGGCUCGGUGUCGGCUACUUCUUCUUCGGCUGGAGGAAGGCCUCCGUCGUCGACGUCACAGAACAUUGUCAAUGAUUAACGAUAUGAGGAUCCGCUUAACAUGUACACUGACUGGAAAAAUGUACUUUAUAUUACACAGGCGUAAGUCUUGUGACUGUUUCACAAUAGUCUGUUAUUAAAAUGAGUUUAUAUUAAUGUGUAACAUACUUCGCCUCAUGGAAGAAGUCCCGUGGGAGAAAUAUAUAAAAGCACUAGUUCCUAAAUGAUUAUAAAUAAAGUUGUUUUUGAUGAGUUGGCCACCAUUACAAGCAGUGCCGUAUCUUAGGGACUUCUUUCGUGAAAUUAAUAAAAUUCUAUUGCCGAAGUAAUCGAAAUAAUAUAAGCAACGGUUUGUCAAAAUCCUAAUAAUUUCCCUUAGAUAAGAACAAAUGUCAGUAUUGAAAGCAGAUAACAAAAGUACGACACGCAUAAGUCAGUGCACAAUAUGUUAAGCGAAGAGCGACAUUAAAGCUAAGACAAUAAGGAAAUCCUAUAUUAGGUAGACAUAGAAACAAACAAGUUAUAUCUGUGGAUAAGAGUUUAAAAUCACUGGAACAUUUCACAGGGAAUAGAUAUUACCAAGCCACUUUCACUAACUCUAUAACCAAGAACAUCGCCAUAUCGAACAUGGGAUAUAAUUAUUAAAAUUAAAAUAACUUAUAAACUAUACAUGCUUAGAUUUGUAACAAAAAACUGCAUUAGAAUUAGAUUUAUAUAUCUUGUUUUUUCGUAAAUGUUAGUCAUUUGUUAUGUAGAAUAUACAUACUACUGCGCAAGUUAAACAUACGAUGAUUUCUAACUAUAAUCGGCGCUUAAAAUAUGAAUACCUAACAUUGGCCACAAAUGAAUACAGAAGUACGAUUUACAACAAACAGUGUAGGUAAAUUUAAUAUUUUGUAAACCAAACUAAUUGACGAAAACAUUUGUAUGUAUAUUUCAUACAUUCCUUAUUAAAACAUCAACCCAUUUACUAAUAAAUCUGCUGCCAAUGAAAUUAAUUGCUUGCAGAUUUAUAUCACCCUACAAAAUAUUAUUUUGAUGUCCAAAAUUAUAUUUUGAAUAUGUAUCAUUAUUAUCUCUCUCUCUCUCUCUCUACUGUCCAAAGUGGCACUCGCUACUUCGUGAACUAAAGAGGAGCAUUUUCAUAUAAUAUUCUUCAUUUAAUUUAUUUACAGUGCAUUUUUCUCUUUGUCUUUUGUUUUGCUUCGAACAUUCUGAAUCAACAAGAGUACCUAUUUUAGUAAAUUUUGUAAUCCUUGUUCACUUUAAAAUGUUAUUUUUAUUUUUAAGUUGAUAAUCUUGCCACUAUGAUUACCUGGAAAUUAGAAAAUGGAAAAAAUAAAUUGCGAAGUUAUGCCAUUAAAUAUGGCGAUUAUGUUUAUACAAUAAAAUUCGACGCAUACCUACUUCGUGUCCAGAUAUUGAACUAUAUUUCCUGAAAAACUACGUUAUAAAAUGUUAUUACCAACUUUCAUAGUGAUAUUAAAACCACUAACUACCCUGGUGUCAUUGGUUUCUAGUGGUUUCCACGGCUGAUAUUUUGUUAACCAUAUUUUGUAGUUUUUGUGGUUUCAAUCAACUAGUGUUUAGGUAUUUUAUCGCAAUAUUAAAAUGUGAUAAUAUAUUAUAUGUGUAGCAAUCUAAUAUAAUAUUGUUGUAAAUUCAACGUGAAAAAAAUAUUUAUCUAUCAUUGCUCAAAAUUUUAUAUCGAUAUUUUUAACAAAAUUCCAUCGAUUAAUGUAUUGUACAAUACAGUGUAAUAGAUAUUAUGUAGUUAUGGACAAUAAAUUAGUGUAAGGAUUAAAUGUUAUGUAAAAUAUGUGAUAAUUGAUUUAUUUCAAACUCAUGUCAACCAGAUUUUAUCUUUUGCAAACUUGACUGUAUCAAGGCAUAGGAAUUUAAUUUGUAACAUAAAUU